AUGGAAGUUAAGUUAGACGAAGACGUAGAUGAUGGAUCAGAGGUGGAUAUGAGUAGUGCAAUAGAUGAGUUAUGGAAAAGGUUUAAGUCACUAGAUGUUGUUGGGAAAAUGGCAUUAAAAAGUAGGGUUUUUGAACUUGCCUUCCCUACAAUGACUUCUAUGUGUCUACCACCUGAGAAAAUAAAAACUAAAGGGGGAGUCAAGAAGAAAGGCAAAAAACCAGUAGGGUAUGAUGUUUAUAGAUACCCUUCGUAUCAUGAGUAUGUUAAUCAAGCAUCUCAAUAUUCACAAAGGAAAUCUCAACCAUCACAGACUUUGAAGAAUUUGAAAUUAUCACAGUAUUCACAAAAGAAAUCUCAACCAUCACAGGCUUCGAAGAAGUUGAAAUUAUCACAAUCUUCCCAGUUAUCUAAGCAGUUCAUUCUUCAGUUUCCUAAUCACAUCAGGUCAUAUAUUGAUGAUGUAGUUAAUGUUGUAUCAGAUGGUAACUGUGGAUUUAGAGUCAUUGCUUCAUUGCAUGGAUAUGGUGAAGAUGGUUGGCCAAUGGUUCAUCGAGACUUGGGGUUGGAAAUAAUACAUAACGAACGAUCAAGUUUGUAUGCCAAUUUAUUUACUGAUCAGUUACCAGUAGUGAAAGAAUCUUUGAUGAUAGAGGAAUUUGGUCCUCAACCACCACAUAAAUGGUUAACUCUACCAGAUAUGGGUUACGUGAUAGUGAAUCGUUAUAAUGAUGUACUUGUCUGUUUAGGAUUUUAA